AUGGAAACUGCGGGAAAAGUAAUUUUGGGGAGGAUGAUCGAUAAACGCAACUGGAGUGUUCAUACUUAUAACAUUUUGGCACUACUAACUCUGGCUGUAUCAAUAACAUUGCUACCUUUAGCAAAAACUUCAACCCACGUGUUUAUUUUUUCAAUUUUCUUUGGUUUUGCCCGUGGAUUCCAGUCAUUGUGUGUCAUUAUGAUAACUCCUGAAGUGUCCCACCCGGAUGACGCGAAGCACGCAGUGACUUACUUAUUUGGGGCUCUCAGUAUACCGGGGGGUGUCGGUCCAGUUUUAGCAGGAUGGAUAUUCGACGUUACUCGUUCAUACCGUUUAGCAUUUUUUAUUUCUGGGGGAUUCUUCGCUUGUGCUGGUUGUCUUGCGAACCUGAUUGAAAUGAUCACAGCCACAAAGACAACGAACCGCAGGUUGGUGUUAGAUUCAACAGCAAAAGAGAACGAGUCUGAAACCAUAGUAUUCAAAGCUGUUGGGUAUCCAAAAGACAUUCCUGAUAGCGUUAAACACGCUAAGAAGUCUAAACUAAUUCUUUGAACAAAUUCAAACCAUCAAA